UGCCAAACAAGGGUGCAUGGAACUGACAGGACUUCAUGCUGCAGUCAGGUCGAAGAAAACAGAUCUUCUUUUUCAUAACUAAUAUAUGUACAUAUAUAUAUUCUAUUUAGAGGAAUCUAGCGACUACGUAAGACGCGCCAGGACGCCUGGUGACAUUUAUGUGGAAAUUUCAUUCAGUUUUGAAUCUUCGGAAUAAUGUGGGGAAUCCAGAGAAGUCGGUACGCGGACUGCAACGGCUCUGAGGCGAGUGAAGAGGCGGAGAUCGUGGUGAACAUCGGCGGAGUGAAACAGGUGUUGUAUGGCGACGUGUUGAAUCGGUUCCCGGAGACUCGGCUGGCAGAGCUGGUGGACUGUUCUCUGAAGUCUCCCGAAGAGAUAUCCUCAUUGUGUGACGAUUACGACCCAGACAGCGGGGAAUUUUAUUUUGACCGGGACCCUGAGGCUUUUAAGUGUAUAGUGGAGCUGUAUUAUUACGGAGAGAUACACAUAAAAAGGGGCAUCUGCCCGAUUUGUUUCAUGAAGGAGAUGGACUUCUGGAAAAUCGGCGCAGAUUUUCUGGAUGAAUGCUGCAAAAGCCACCUGAAAGAGGUUCAGGAUGAACUUGCAGAGAUCGCAGAAAGAGUGAGAACUAUCUUAGUGGACAGAGAGGGAGACCCGUCAGCAGGAGGCUGCCAGCGCUUCCAGGCGUCCCUUUGGAGGCUGAUGGAGAAGCCGGAGUCCUCAGUGCCUGCGCACGUCAUUGCCAUACUUUCUUUCAUCUUCAUCCUCGUCUCCUCGGUGGUGAUGUGCGUCGGGACAAUCCCCGAGCUUCAGGUGGAGGACUCCGAAGGCAACCUCACCGAGCACCCGACUCUGGAGGUCAUCGAGACGGUGUGUAUCGGUUGGUUCACCAUAGAAUACCUCCUGCGUCUGAUCUCCUCUCCGAACAAGAUCAAAUUCGUCCUGUCCUUCAUGAACAUCAUCGACUUCAUGGCGAUCAUGCCCUUCUUCGUGGUGCUGAUUCUGACCUCCUUCGGCGCCGGAGUGAUGGAGCUGGCCAACGUGCAGCAGGCGGUGCAGGCUUUGCGCAUAAUGCGCAUUGCGCGCAUCUUCAAGCUGGCGCGCCAUUCAUCCGGUCUCCAGACGCUCACAUCUGCGCUGAAGAGCAGCCUGAAAGAGCUGGGUCUGCUCCUCAUGUACAUGGGGGUGGGGGUGUUCCUCUUCUCAGCGCUGGGCUACACCAUGGAGCAGAGCCACCCGGACACGCUGUUCACCAGCAUCCCGCAGUCGUUCUGGUGGGCUGUGAUCACCAUGACCACUGUGGGCUACGGGGACGUGUACCCUAAGACCACUCUAGGCCGGUGUAACGCGGCCAUCAGUUUUCUGUGCGGGGUCAUCGCCAUAGCGCUGCCCAUACACCCCAUCAUUAACAACUUUGUGCUGUUUUACAACAAGCAACAGGUGCUGGAGACCGCAGCCAAGCAUGAGAUUGAACUGAUGGCGCUGCGCUCCACUGAAGGCGAACUGAGGGCUGCACCCGAGCACCGCGAACAUGUUUGCGAUACCCGCGUGUGGGACUCCUCCAUGAGCUCCUGUCACAGCGAUACGUUCCUACCUCUGCUGAAGGACACCAGGGGAGGGCCGAGUCUGCAGACCCCGAGCAUGGAGACUAGCUUUGAGAGCACAGCAGAGGCCUCAGAAUAUUUCAUCUCAUGAAUUUGGAAAAACUUGUCUUACCUGAUAAGAAAAAGCAUCCGCAAGAUGAUCUAAUCACUUUGUUUCUUUGAAGUACUGCAUAUGCAUGGGACAUUGGUUGAGGAUUUGAAAAUAUCCCCGCUCUCAAAAGAAGAUUAAAAAUAAAAAUGCAUUCGCUUUGGACUUGAUAAACUCGCAGCGAACCCAGAUUUGCAUAUGGCCUCCACCUGAACACCCAUACAGGCAUCUUACUUCAGCCAACAUUUACAUAUGCUGCCCAAAUAGUUAGAAAAUUCCCUGACGAAGGGGUCCCAGUAAGGACUGUAUGCAGGUCACAUUAGGCUCAAUGACUUUAUUAUUUGCCACUGAGGGGUUCUGGCAGCUUUUUCUGUCCAGGCAGCAAACAUUUCCAUGUGGGACCAAACAUGUAGGGAAAAGUCAAGUGAAUCUAUUUUUGCUGAAUGGUACAACAUUUGUUUUCAUGUUGGUAUGUUAUGAAGGUAACAUUGGAUCCAUUAUGCAUAUAUUAUGAGGGUAGGAAAUGAGUUGAAAAUACCACCCACUUAUAUUUUACUGCAGGUUGAAUAAUUGCCCCAUGUUAUUUGCCUAUACUUUGCCUACUGCAGGGAAUCAAUGUUUCCUGAAAGGUUUUCCCUAUGUCAGCGUCUUAUGCCCGCUACCAUUUACACAUGUGGCCCAAAAGGGUUGGAAAUAUUGAAGCUUUUGCUCAGUUGCAAUUGAUUCACUGUGAAAAGUGAAUCAAUUGCCUUUUUCAGUAAGUCCCUAUUUGAAGAAGGUUUUUCUUUGAAACGCCACUUUUCCCCAUUUAGGCAUCUUGUCAAAGUUAACAUUUACACAUAAUGCCAGUGAGACAUGGGGUUUAAAAUGGGCCUCAACUGUGCUAAAUGCCUCCAUGUCAUUUGCCGACAUAUCAAUCCUUUCAUAGAUAGCAGUGGGUUUAAGUUUGUUCAGAUGUUCUGUUCCAGGAUUAGUUUUUCUCUUUUAGUCACCUUAUGACAAAAAGAGAUGGCUCUUUUAGUCAUGACAUUUUGGUAGGACAAGGGUUGAAAACAGGCACUACGUGGGCAGGUUGUAUGAAUGCAGGUUAUAUGUUAUCUGAUUGUACUUAUUUGAUCAAAUCCGGAUACAAAGAUUACCCAUAUUCAUCUAUUUUAUUGAUUCUGAAUGUAAAUUCUUUACACCCAAGUGAGACCCCACAAGGACAUUUUUAGGAUAUCCUAAAUGAGGUUUUGCUGAAAUGAGGUUUGUCUAGUAAACCCAAGUUGGACCCAUACAUGAAGCACAUUGUGAGCUCACACCCACCUACAGUAACCAUCAAGUCUGAGCAAAAUCCACAAACACAUACUGGUUGUGAUUUAACACUCCCAUACAACUAAAUUUCACUUAUACUGUAGAUUGGUCUGUAGCUUUGUUUUCAUGUGAGGCAGCUUGUUCAGGAGAAAAUUUAAAAAAGUCAAAUACCUUCAUGAUAACUGUAUGAGCAUAACAAAACAAUCAAACAAAAAAUCAGAUUGUACUGUGAGUUUGUGAUUUAAUUAUGGACAUUUCACUGGCGUUGCUGGAAGCAUGGAAUUGGAGAUGCAAGCCCUCAUGGACUCUUAAAUGUUGUUUAUCACCCGUGAUUUACAUCAGCGUGAUUAUUGUUUCUGUGUCAGUGCAGGGUGAAAUCAGAUGAAAAAUGCACAAGAGUUUUUGCAGCAGCUGCGUCAUUUGCCUGACUUUUUGUUAAGCAGAUUUUAGGGACUUUGAAUGUUCCUCUUUCUCCAGGGUUCGUUCCAAGUUGCCGUCUUUCCGCUGAUAAAAGAAGCAGAAAUCGGGAGGUGAAGAAAUCCCAAACCACAUGACUAUACUCCAACAAAAUCAUCAGCAAAGAGAAAGAUGAAAAAAUGAGGAGCUGUGUGGAAUAUGUAUUUUAUUGUGAUUAAAGUUGA